CCCCGAUAAGAGACAAACACAGCACGAUACUCGAAACUCCAACAGACAAUAUCAUGGCUCCUGGAAAGAAACUGAUUCUAAAUGCGUUCGUGGAGAUGUGUAGCGGCCAUCAGUCACCAGGACUGUGGAGGCAUCCUGAUGACCACUCGCACGAAUUCAAUGAUGUCGAACAUUGGGUAGAACUAGCAAAACUACUCGAAGAAGCCAAGUUCCAUGGAGUUUUCGUGGCUGACGUACUGGGAGGAUACGAUGUCUAUAACGGGAAUCUAGAUGCAGCGCAAAUAUCGGGCGCACAAUGGCCUGUGAACGAGCCGUUGGCUGUUGUUUCUGCAAUGGCAGCAGCAACAAAGAGUCUUGGUUUUGGCGUGACUGUCUCGACUACAUAUGAACAGCCUUAUCAUUUGGCUCGAAGAUUGUCUACUAUCGACCAUCUCACCAAGGGAAGACUUGGCUGGAACAUUGUGACAAGCUAUCUAGACUCUGCAGCGCGAAACAUGGGGUUUGAGGAACAGCUUCCGCACGACGAAAGGUACGCCCAAGCAGAAGAGUACGUAAAGGUCAUGUACAAGCUUUUUGAAUCGUCUUGGAGAGACGACGCCGUCGUUAUUGAUCGCGAGAAAGGGGUGUACACGAUUCCCGACCGGGUCAGAGAGAUUGGCCACAAGGGCAAGUACUUCUCUGUGCCAGGCCCCCACAUAUGUCAGCCUAGCCCGCAGCGUACGCCGUUGAUCCUUCAGGCCGGAACCUCCAAGGCAGGAAAGCUCUUCGCUGCGCAAAACGCAGAAGCAAUCUUUGUCUCUGCACAUGCACCAGCUGUCUGCGCCAAAAACAUCGCAGAGAUCAGAUCAACUGCAGCCUCACAGUUCGGAAGGGACGGAAGCAACAUCAAAGUGCUUGCUCUUGUGACUCCUAUCAUUGGAAAGUCAGAAGAAGAGGCGCAGGCCAAGUUAGCCGAUUAUCGUAAAUACGCAUCGUUGGAAGGAGCGUUGGCCUUGUUCUGUGGAUGGACAGGUAUCGAUCUUGGAAGGUACGGAGAUGACGAAGAGCUACGAGAAGUGGAAAGCAAUGCCGUGAGAUCGACAGUUGAAGGCUACGCUCGUUUCUCUCCCGGAACCUCGAAAUGGACUAAGCACACAGUUGCUGAGCAUGUCAGUAUUGGAGGAAAUGGCCCAAUUUUCGUCGGGACGCCCUCUCAGGUAGCAGACGGAUUUCAAGCCUGGGUAGACGAAGCUGAUAUCGACGGGUUCAAUAUUGCAUAUGCGUUGUUUCCGCAAUCCUUUAAGGAUGUCGCAGAAUUGUUGCUCCCUGAACUGCAAUCACGAGGCUUGUUCUGGGAUGAUUAUUCUGUGCGGGGUGGUACUUAUCGAGAGAACUUUUAUAGCAAGGAAGGCCAGAAGGGCCCGCUAGAGGAGCACGUCGCGUAUAGGUACCGCUGGAAGGCUGGAGUAGCUGCUAAAGACCACGAAAUUCCGUAGAUAUAGAAGGUAUCGCAACACUACAGUACUUCUAGACUUACGCCAAGGAAUUCUAGAGCUUAGAGUAACUAGUUUACUACUCUAGAAAUAUUAGGUUGUUAAUUAUUAACCUAAAAG